AUGGGAUCCCAACCGGACACUAGUAUCCAGUUGACGUUCAUCACAACGGGAAUGGUGCGCAUUAGACCUACAAUGCGCUCGCAACCCGUCAGCAGAUUUGCCAUUCUUCGGCGCCUCAAAUCAAUUUGCGACAAAACAUGGACGGAACAACUACCUGUUGGAGUGUUCCUCAUUCGACACCCUGAAGGUCUCUUCCUCAUGGACACUGGACAAUCUCCAUGCUGCAAUGACCCGGGGUAUUUCCCACGCCUCGCUUUCUUCAAUAGCUACCUGAGUGAAUUCACGAUACAGCGCGAAGACGGAAUCCUUGAGAAACUUCACGACCUCGGCAUCAAAGCGACAGACCUCAAAGGCGUGAUUCUCAGUCACCUCCACAACGACCACGCAGGCGGACUAGAGGACUUAGUCGCGGAAGCGCCGGAUCUGCCCAUCUACGUCGGCCGCGAGCACUGGAAUGCUUUUGGAAAGCAUCCUCUCUUUGCAAGUAUGGAGGGGGCCACGCCAAAUCAUUGGCCAAAGGAGUUUUCACCAAGGAUUGUGGACCUGCAGGACAGGCCACUUGGACCUUGGAAGCAGUCUUAUCCUGUGACGGCGGAUGGAAAAAUUGCCAUCGUCGAUACAUCGGGACAUGUUCCAGGACAUAUCAGUGUGGUUGUGUACGGCGAGGAUGGAGAGGGACAGAAUCAGGCCACAUACUUCCUUCCCGGGGAUGCAACUUAUGGCCUGGACCUUCUGGAUAAAGAGGAACCUGAUGGGAUCAAUGAUGACCCGAUGCGUGCUUAUGAAACGCUGAAGAUGAUCAAGAAAUUUGCGAAAGAGACGGAUGUGGUUGUUUUGCCGAGUCAUGAUAUCAACACACCUCGAUACCUCGCCGAGCGUGUCGUCUACAGGCCCAAGGAGAAAGAAUGA